AAGAAAAAUGUCAUCCACACGAUUACAAGAAUAAUUAUUUUCUUUAAAAAAUUAUUAUCUUUAAAAUAGAAAGUUUUUUCUUGUUGUUUUUCAUUCCCUAAAAUUGUACCUUCAAAUUAUAAGUUCAACAAAAACCCCACAAAAAUAGUUCAAGAAUGAAUUUCAAUAAAAUGUGUCGAAUUUGCGGGGAAACCAUAAAAGGCAAACAUUCCGAAACAAUUGAUGAUAACAAAACUCAAAUCUACAAGUAUCUUCCGAUAAAAGAUAGCGAUGAAAGUUUUCCGAAAAACUUGUGCGUAGAUUGCUUGGACCUGAUCGACAGCUGGGAUGUUUUCUACAAACGAUGCGAAAAGUCUCAACAGAAAUUCGCUUCGUUGCUCAAAAACAAGAAGCUAUUGGAAUCAAUAUCACUGAGCGUGAGAGAGGAUGGCCAAGACCCCGAUGCCGAUGCUGACUCAACCUUAAAGCUCGAUAACGUUGUUAACGUCGAAGAAAACGGAAAUAAUGUUCAACUUUUAGCGGGAAUAGAAGCAACCAAACAAACCAAAACACCAAAGCAAACGAACAAUGGCAGUUUUUCUUGCAAUUUUUGUUUAACCUGCACCACCAGCCAACCAGAACUCAAUGAUCAUUUGAUUGCCAUGCAUUGUGACCUAGUAUUUUGCUGUGAUCUUUGUAAGAAUUACAAACCACGAGAUGACCUUAUCACCCACAUGACCGAGCAUGCCCUGAGUUCCCUACAAAACGUUCAACCAAAGAAUCAACCUAAGAUAAUUGAAAAAAUCCAGUGUACCAAAUGUGACAAACAAUUCACCAGCAACAGUGGUCUUAAAUAUCACAUGAAUUCCAAUCACACUUUAGUGAAACAAUUCAACUGUGAUGAAUGCCAUCAUGAAUUUCCAUGCAAACGCGUUCUGCUCAAUCAUAUUCGCAGUGUUCACAGCAAGGAUAAGCCAUUUAAAUGUGUCGAUUGUGGUAAACAUUUCAAGACCGACUCAACAUUGUACGCUCAUCGAAAGACCCAUUCGAAGGAAGCACCACAUAAAUGCUUCGAUUGUGGCAAAGGAUUCAAAUUCAAACAUCAUUUGGAAUCACAUUUAUUGCAACAUAAGACCAAAGAGAAGACGUUCGAAUGUAGUUUUUGUCAUAAGAAAUUCGCUGCAUUGAAUAAUCUUACGAAACAUCGUAAAAUCCAUGACAAUACUUCGGACUUUUCGUGUCAUAUUUGUGGCGUAAAAAUGAUGCAGAAGCGUUAUUUGAAGGAUCACAUGAAGCGAGUUCAUCAAACUCGUUUAGAUUAGGUUAAGUUUUAAUUUCUUAGCAAAUAAAAGUAGUGAUACGAGUAAGUUUAUUUAUAAUUGAUAUUUAAAUUGUUAUUUGUU